AUGCUUAAUCAAGUUUUUGAGGGUCAGCAGAAGUUGAUGGUGAACUUCAAUGGAAAGAUAGAUGAUGUCUACAUAGAGCAGAACUCAAAGUUUGAGUCUUUAAACAACCAUGUGAGGAAGUUGGAGACACAAGUGGUUCAGAAAGGAGAGACUGUUAAGAGGCAGGAGGCCUUCAUCCAGGGUAAAGGUGAUGAAUCACUGAAGCACCACCCAAACACCCUCAUCCACCCAAACCCUUACGCAUCAAGAAGUCGGACAUCGAUCGACAUCAUGAGCCAGCUACCGUUCGAUAGACAGACUCUACCAAUGAUCGACACGACCCAUCCAACGUCGAUCGACGACUACCUCUUACCCACCGAGUUGCAGUUACUGAAGAUAGAUGUAGCACGCCUAAAUGCACUCAGAGAGCCAUCUCAACCCUCAGAGAACAUUGCAGACAACUUCAGUCAACAAUCUGACAACUUCAGUCAACAAUCUGAUGAUGCACCAGAGUCAAUGCAAGUUGAUCAGACUUCUCAGAGGAAAACCUUGAGGAGAAGGAAGGAAAAGGUUCCCAAUCAUCUAAAGAGAGGAGGAGUUAAUGAGAAGGAGAUGGAUAGCUUCACCAAAAGAGUUCUUAGGACACCCUUGGACAAGCCGUUUGAGGAGGCUUACUUUACCCACAGGUUCUGGAUGUUAGUGACCAAGGAAACUGAACAGGACAUACAUAGGAUCUUCAAUCAGAUCAGAGUGAAGAUGAAACAUAGGAUUACGCUGAAGAAGAAGAGUGAUCCUGGGAAGUUUGCAGUGCCAUGUUUAGUGGAGGACAUUGAGUUCCCGUGUGCGCUGUGUGACACAGGUUCAUCAGUCAGCAUACUACCCAAGGUAAUGGCAGAUCAUCUGGGUCUGAAGAUAGAGCCUUCGGAGGAUUCAUUCACUUUUGUGGAUUAUUCUACGAGGAACUCAAGAAGAAUCAUCAGAGACCUUGAGGUGCAGACUGUUCCAAAUGAUUUCCAUGUCCUGGAUAACAAGCUGAACAAGAAUCAUUCUCUACUACGUGGGAGAGCUUUCAUGGCUACUGUAGGAGCAGUUCGCAACAUGCAGACUAAUCAGUUGUGUCUAACACUGAUAAACCAUGAUGUCUACUAUGAUCCAGUCAGAAUAUUCAAGCCACAGACGUCCACCACUGGAGUGUUAACACAAGAUUCAUAG